UGUCAAAACGCCGUUCGGUUCGACCUAUCGAUGGGUAUUGAAUGAAUUUCUGUGAAAUUAAUAUCAAAAUCUUAUCAUUUGCAAUUAAAUUACCACAUCCACGAAUAGAAAUGGUUUAAAUUUCACAUUAGAAGAAAGUAAUAUAAAGUGGUGGUGCGCCGAAUCUUGUUCAAGAAUCCAAAAUGUCCGUUCCUAGCACUGGUUUGAGCAAACUCAAAAAGAAACAUAUUCGCGUAAAACAUCAGAAAGUUAAAUUGUUCCGAGCUAACGAGCCCCUUCUAUCUGUUUUUAUGUGGGGUGUUAAUCACACGAUUAACGAGUUGAGUCAUGUGUCCAUACCAGUUAUGCUGCUGCCCGAUGAUUUCCGGGCGUACUCCAAACUUAAAGUGGACAAUCAUCUUUUUAACAAAGAGAAUAUGCCUUCGCAUUUCAAGGUGAAGGAAUAUUGUCCACUUGUAUUCAGAAAUUUGAGAGAGAGAUUCGGAAUUGACGAUAUAGACUACAAGGAAUCACUUACAAGGUUUAGAAAGCCAGAUAACUACCUCUGCUCGCGGAUGACGAAGCGGCUAAAAAAUAUGCUCAGAAGAUCGGCCACCGCCCCGUCCGGGGUCGGCGAGCGAAGCCAUGAGGGGAUAUUGCACGAUGCCAGUGCGUUUGUCAAGUGUAGCUUGACGAUAAAGAGACUGAGGUCGCAGCCGAUUCCCGACGACUCGUCGGGCAAGUCCGGCGCCAAGUUCUACCAGAGCUACGACCGGCUGUUCAUACUGAAGACGCUCACAUCGGAGGAGGUGGAACGGAUGCACUCCUUCCUCAAACAUUAUCACCCUUACAUAGUGGAGCGACACGGCAAGACGCUGCUGCCGCAGUAUCUUGGCAUGUACCGGCUGACGGUGGACGGCAUAGAGCACUACCUCGUCGCGACGCGCAACGUUUUCUCCAACCACCUCAAUAUACACAAGAAGUACGACCUGAAGGGCUCGACGGUGGAUCGCGAGGCGUCGGAGAAGGAGCUGGAGAAGGAGCUGCCGACGCUCAAGGACAACGACUUCAUCAAGCAGGGCGUCAGGAUCGACAUCGGCGACGCUGCCAAGGACAAGCUGCUGGAGACGCUGACGGCCGAUGUCGAGUUCCUCACAAAGCUCCACCUGAUGGACUACUCGCUGCUACUGGGGGUGCACGAGUGCGGGCGCGGCGAGGCGGAGGCCGAGGCGGCGCGCGAGGCUGACCCCGACUCCGAGAAUGAGACGGACAGCGAUAGCGACACGGACAGACACGACAGGUGGGGCUACAACACGCCGCCCGACAGCCCCGGCGGCCGCGUGCGUCCCCGGUACGGCCGAUACGAGGGCAUCAUACCCGAGCUCGACAUAUACGCCAUACCCUCGCACGAAGGUUCCCAGAAGAAGGAGAUAUAUUUCGUCGCGCUAAUUGACGUGUUAACGCACUAUGGUGUCAAGAAACAGGCGGCGAAAGCGGCGAAGACUGUGAAAUACGGCAGCAACGUCGACGGCAUAUCGACCUGCGACCCCGAGCAGUACGGCAAACGGUUCAUUGAGUUCGUAGCCAAGGCCAUCGAGGGUUAAACGUGUACUGCCUCUGUGUGUGCUGACAGGACACCCUAGUUCACUGUAUCUCAGUCAGUUGAUAUAAUAUUAUAACUUCUGUAGAUGGCAACACCAGCAUAGAAUGUAAAUAAACAGUUUCGACGUUUGACAACGUUUCUGCCAAUAUUCUCAUAUGACAUGUGCAACAUGUCAGAUUUUGGUCGGAUUAUUUACUGUAUGUGCUAGUGUCGCCCUCUGCUCCUUGCUAGUGUCGACCUUUGCGUAAUAUUCCCUAUUAAUUAAUAUUACUCCCCACACCGGU